AGAGAUCUUCUGGCCAGUGCUUCCUGAGCGAUAACCUCCAACGAGACCCACGUGACUAAACCCACUUGCUUUUUGUCGUAAUUCUCCUUUCUUUUGCUCUGAUUUGUGGGGCACGUGACUCGUGUCAGCCACCCCUGUCUGUUGGUACGACCUGCCUCUCUUCUUCUCCUCACCCUUCUCCCCGCCGCCUAUACCCUACACCUAUCUCCUACAUUUUCCUUUAUUCCCAAGAAAUGCCGCCAAUACGACGACAUAUCCUUAUUCCGCGACUUCGACGAAGCGAAAUGCUCGAACCUUCCACACCCUUGCGGGAUAUUACUGUCCUCGCUGAUGGCGCCGUCAACGCCGCUGCGUCGAUGAUUAACGAAGCAUAUGAACCAGAUGUGGAUUGGACAGGAGAUAUGAUGAAUGUGUCAGGAUCAUUUGUUGUCACAGAUCCAGAUAAAAGUCAGCCAGCAUUAUACGUUGUGACGGAACCACGCAACGAAAACAUGGGGAAACUUCAGGAGGAUUCCAAUGCGCGAGCACUUCGGUCAUUACAGAACCAAUUCGACGACUUCAGAACUCGUUCGGAUCGAAAGAUCAGCAAGCUCAAGAGCAAGGUUGAUCGUUCGGAUCGAAAGAUCAGCGAGCUCAAGAGCAAGGUUGAUCGUUCGGAUCGAAAGAUCAGUGACCUCGAGCGCAAGGCUGCUCGUUUAGAUCACGAAAACAUCAGGCUCUGCGCAGAGCUUUCUGCUUCUGGUCGCAAAAUUACAAGCCUGCAGGACGAGGUUCGAGACCUCAAACUAGUUACGUCGUCUCUAAUGCCGGUGCAGCGGCGCAAGCUGCUGGAGUUCGCAAAAAAAAAAAGUCAAGGAACUCACCCACAAGGUUUUGAAGCGAAAUAUGCCACAGGUGGUCCUUCACAACAUUUGCAAGGAGCUGCGGCGCAAACGCCCGGAGUACCCUUUGUCAGAGGAUGCGCUCAAAUUCCUUGCUGACAAACGGAAUACCAUUCAUCAAGACGGUAAUGCAGCAGCUCCCAACGCCAUAGUGAGCGACAUCCGGAUGGCCCUCACAACGGACCCACACUUCGCUGAUGCCUACACGAAAGGCCUACUCCAGAAUUUAUUCGAAUUUGUCUACGAGCAACCACUGCAUCAGCAUGUUGCGAAUUGAUCCAAUAUUUUUCCUUUUUGUAAUUAAACUAUUCUAUUCGUUUGAGAAAUGAUACCAUUGGUAGG